UAAAUGUCAUGACGUCAUGUGUGACGCAAUGACACAGGGAUCCCAGUUGGAGUUGUCUGAUUUCCGGUUAGAAAGAAUAUCACAUGACAGGAAGGUUGCGGAUUGAACUUCCGGUGUUCCAAACGCGACAUGACACACAGAUAGAUUGGCAAAAAGGUAAAACUAAAGUCGGCCUAGCCUAUGGCUAGCCCGACUAAUAAAAAGAUUAUGCAUUAUGAUUAUCAAGGGAGAUUGCCGCAAAAACAAAGAAAUGUGGCUUUUAAUCCCAUCAAGGGAUUGAACGAAAGAUCUUGUGUUGUACUGUUUAAUUUGGUCAAGGAAAGUAAAAAAAACGAGUAAAAUAACCAAAACGGCAGCAAAGGACCCCAGAUGGCUAGAGGGGGAGGGUGAAGGCCUUUUGUUUUAUGCGCCUAAUGAUUAGCGAUGAGCCAAGAUGAGAUGAAAAUAACCUCUGAGCAGGAGCAGCCUUAGUCCAGAACUGAACCCGCUUUUCUCAAUAACUAUGUAUAAAAGCUAGGGAAUAUUACAUUAAUGCGCGCUCGAGUUCUCUCGAGUUCAAUGGGUUUUCUGUGUCUAGGACCCAGGCCUCUCCGCUAGUAUAACAUGGCAGCUGUUCUGGACAUUUGUCGUUUCUAGGUGAUCGACCUUAAAAACUUUAUGAAUCUUGAUGAAGAGCCAAUAGAAUGCAACCACAUCACUGAAUUCACGGAAAUGUACAAUUCAGUAAUAAUCUUAUGCUCCUACAAUGUAAUCACACGAACAAAACAAGUUUUAGCUUGAAGUUCAAAGACACGUGUAUCUGAUUCUAAGAUUCAUUCAGAAAAUGAAGACAAUCAAUUCACCAAAUAAUAUUCUGCACCAAAUCAUUAGCUAUCUGCUAACACCAUGUGAUCCUUCAAACUUAGGAGUAUUUCGAUUCUUCUUUGGUUUGCUGAUGGUCAUCGAUAUCCCACAAGAGAGAGGCUUUGCUCAUAUUGAUGAGAAGUGGGAAGAAGGCAUGUGCUACUUCACACUUUUCAACUUUUUAAAGCCGAUGUCCUAUGAGUGGAUGCAUGUGCUGUACACAGUGAUGUUUCUUGCAGCGUUCAGUGUCAUGAUUGGUUUUCUUUAUCGCAUCAGCUGUUUCACGCUAAUGACAUGUUAUUGGUACAUAUUCUUCCUGGACAAAGGAGUAUGGAACAACCAUUCAUAUUUGUAUGGUGUCAUCUCAGUGAUGCUGCUCAUGACUGACUGCAACCGUUACUGGUCUGUUGAUGGAUUGCUCUUUUCAAGUAUUCGAAAUAGUCACAUUCCAAAGUGGAAUUACUUUAUCUUUAAAUUUCAGGUUGUAUUGGUUUAUUUCUAUGCGGGAAUCAAGAAAUUGGAUCAUGAUUGGAUGACUGGAUAUUCCAUGACUGGAUUGGCAAACAAGUGGGUUUUCGAUCCCUUCCGCCCAUUCAUGUCCAAUGAAAACAUUGAUUUCUACCUUGUCCACAUUUCUGGUCUGUGUUACGAUCUCUUUGUUGGCUUUUUCUUACUUUUUGAGAAAACACGACUUGUUGGAGUCACAUUUUCUCUGAUGUUUCAUGGCAUGAAUUCCCAAAUGUUUUCCAUUGGCAUGUUUCCCUAUACAAUGAUGGCAUCCUUAACUUUGUUUUAUUCUGAAAAGUGGCCUAAAACGUUGCUGUCACGGUUUCCCGGGUGUUUUUCAUUUGCGAUGCCACUUCUAAGAGAAGCUCAAUCUAGUAGUCAYUGCGUUUACACUGAUGAAGCGGAAGUUACAGCGAAGAAGGAUAACGAAGAAACUACAACAAGAAAUACUGGAGCUAAGUCAUCGGGUAGUCAUGUGAAGUGGAGUCACAAGUUGAUGUUGAUGCUGUUUGGUUUCCAUGUUGCGAUUCAGUGCUUUCUUCCUUAUUCUCAUUUCCUAACCAAGGGCUACAAUGGAUGGACCGAGGGACUAUAUGGGUACUCGUGGGACAUGAUGGUCCAUAGCUGGAGCACACAGCAUAUCCGUGUCAAAGUAGUAGACCAAUCUGAUGGUAAAGAAGUAUUUAUACGACCUGGGGUAUUUAUUGCCGGUGGUAGAAGAUCUCACUCAAGGUGGAGUUCCCACCCUGACAUGAUUAAGCAAUACACAGCAUGCUUGGCUGAGAAAUUGAAAAACCACCAAGACAUUAACAUCAGUGAGCCAGCGAUAUACCUAGACAUAUGGCGAUCUCUAAAUCAACGAUUUCAACAGCGCUUUGUCGAUCCCAAUGUCAACCUCGUGGAAGCGCCUUGGUCACCGUUUGCGCAUUCUCCAUGGGUGUUGCCUUUGCUUACAGACUUGACGCCGUGGAGAGAAAAAAUGAAAGAGAUUGAACAGAAGAGAUUAAAUACAUCAAUGGGCAAUUUUACUGAGAUUGUAUUUGUUGCAGACUUUCCAGGUUUAAUGCUGGAGAAUUUCGUCAGCGAAGAACUGAACACGACAUUAACUGUUCUACAAGGUCGAGUAAAUGUAGAAGUCGAUAACGCAAACCAAACUCUUGGUGAAGGAGAGGAAAUCACAGUGCCGUCCAAUGCGUCACAUGUUGUGUACACAGUGUCUGAUACUCCAGCAUGUUGGAUGUAUGUGUAUCUCAAUACCACUGUAUUUAAUAAUGAAACACUAAGACAGUGGGUCAUGCAUCCUGAAACACGCCCAUCGUCUAGAGAAAAGGAACAACUAAAGAAGAAGUCUCUUUUUGACCGGUUUAUGGAAUUUAUGGUUAACAAAUAUAUGAUAUUUUACGUAACUUUUUGGAACUCGUACCACGCAAUUGGUCACUUAACUGUCGGGUUAGAAUAUCCGUGGGAACAUGCAGAGCAUAACGAGCAACCAGAUGAGAGUAGUUUACCAAGUGAAUCUGUGUCAGAAGGUCAAGACAUGGAGCACAGAACCGAAAACACUACAAUACAUGAACCAGAUUAUGUACAGAAGGAAACUCUUAAAAGCGAACUGUGAUCAUAUAAAAUACAGCUAAAUAUUAUGUAUAUAUGGAGAAAAAUAUUGAGUACUAGUGUAAUGUUAAAAGCAUGUUAUUAUUUCUGGAUACUGGAUUUUUUCAGGAUACUGUGUUUGCAACUAUGAAAUAAAAGUAAACCGACAGCUGAGCAGACGGUUGUCAGCAGGUA